AUGAAUUCCGAUGAUGUGAAUGCAAAGAAGAGGAGAGAUUAUUUUACAAUGGUGGCGGUGGACUGCUCAAUCCGUUCCCUAAGCUGGUUACUGGUUGCCUCGGUGGGUUCGCUUGGGGCGCGUAGAAGCCGAUCAUUGGUGCCAAUGAAAGUCAUUGGCGAGACCCACGAGUAUGCACACGCGGAUGAUGCAACUGUUGACAGGCACAGUGGCCGGGUGUCCCCGCGUGCAUUUGCAGGCCCGGAACAAUUCCGACUGGUGGUGGGCAAGUGCUGGGACAUGGAAGACGACCAGAUAUGGGGUGAGUGGGUGAUUGAAGACAAUACGCUGGUCGGCAUGAACAUGGAGAAUGGGGAUGUGUGUGCCGACGGACGAGCAAGGGCCGUGCAAGUGGUGGUGAGCUGUGGAGAGAAGGCUGAGGUUCGUUCUGUGCGUGAGACGCAGCCCUGUCGCUACUUGCUGGACUGGCGCACGAGGCUGGCAUGCGGGCCAAACAGCAUGUCAGUGCUGGCUGCGCUUUCGUCUUCUUCUUCUUUGUCAUCAUCACCGCCGGAGCUGAAGGAACGCAUUCACCGAGCGCAACGACUCUUCCGUGACGGCAUCCUUACCAAGAUCGGGUUGGAGCGAGUGACAAGGGCAGUGUGUGCUGAAGCUGGCCUCCUCGUUGUGGGCCAGGUACAGGGUGGCACAAUGGAGGAGCAGCAGCAGCAACAGGAGACUCAACAAGAACCUGUGACCACUUCUUUCACCAGCCUGGCCGAGUGUCAGUUGGCCUUUUCUGCAAUGCGACAAAACUUGCAAACUUUGCAGCAACCCGCCGCUGCCUCGUGUCCCUGA